AUGGCGCCUCCCAAGAAAGUCAAGGGCAAGAAGCCGCAGCCCUUGAAGCGCGAGAUCGUCCAGGAGAAGCGCAAGCGGCAGCAGCUCAGCAUUGCUGCCCUCGAAAAGUCGAUUGCCGAGUUUGACCCCAAGGCCACCGAGGUGACGACCUUUGCCGAACUGCCCCUGUGCGGACCGACGAAGCAGGGCCUCGAGAAAUCCCACUUUACGACGCUCACCGACAUCCAGUCGCGCGCCGUGCCGCUGGCGCUCCAGGGCCAGGACAUUCUCGGCGCCGCCAAGACGGGCAGCGGCAAGACGCUGGCUUUCCUCCUGCCGGUGCUCGAGAAGCUGUACCGCGCGCAGUGGACCGAGUUUGACGGCCUCGGCGCCCUCAUCAUCUCGCCGACGCGCGAGCUCGCGGCCCAGAUCUUCGAGGUGCUGCGCAAGAUCGGCCGCUACCACGCCUUCUCGGCGGGCCUCGUCAUCGGCGGCAAGAGCCUCAAGGAGGAGGCCGAGCGGCUGGCCAAGAUGAACAUCCUCGUGUGCACGCCGGGCCGCAUGCUGCAGCACCUCGACCAGACGGCCGGCUUCGACGUCGACAACCUGCAGAUGCUCGUGCUCGACGAGGCCGACCGCAUCAUGGACAUGGGCUUCCAACAGGCCGUCGACGCCCUCGUCGAGCAUCUGCCGGCCACGCGCCAGACGCUCCUCUUCAGCGCGACGCAGAGCAAGAAGAUUUCCGACCUCGCGCGCCUCAGCCUGCGCGACCCCGCCUACGUCGCCGUCCACGAGGAGGCGACGCCGGCCAACCUGCAGCAGCACUACCUCGUGACGCCGCUGCCCGAGAAGCUCGACACGCUCUACGGCUUCAUCAAGGCCAACCUCAAGAGCAAGAUGAUCGUCUUCUUCUCCUCGGGCAAGCAGGUUGGUGCAGGUCGAACUGCCCCAAGGGCCCCGACACUGUACAUUCCACCGCGUUGGGGGCCCGGCGCCGCUUCUACGAGCGCGAGGGCGGGCCGUGCUCUUCAUGGACCCCAGCGAGGAGGCCGGCAUGCUCGAGCGCCUCAAGCACAAAAAGGUGCCCAUCAACAAGAUCACGGUCAAGGAGAGCAAGAAGAAGUCGGUCACGAAGCAGCUCCAGAGCAUGUGCUUCCAGUACCCGAGCUCAAGUACCUCGGCCAAAAGGCCUUUAUCAGCUACACGCGCUCCGUCUACCUGCAAAAGGACAAGCACGUCUUCAAGUUCGACAGCCUCGACCUCGACGCCUACGCCGCGAGCCUCGGCCUGCCGGGCACGCCGCAGAUCAAGUUCCAAAAGGGCGAGGACAUCAAGAAGGUCAAGAACGCGCCGCGCGCCGGCCUGUCGAGCGACGAAGACGACGACGAUUCGGACCUCGACGGCGCGCUCGACCCCGAGAAGGCCAAGCUGAAGGCAAAGAAGAGCAAGAAGAACGAGGUCAAGACAAAGUACGACCGCAUGUUUGAGCGGACGAACCAGGACGUCCUGUCGGGCCACUACUCCAAGGUGCUCGGCGAGGCCGACGACGACGACGCCGACGACUUCCUCGCCGUCAAGCGCGUCAUUGACACGAACGAGCUCGACGACCCGGCACUGGCGGACGCGGGCCGAAAAAGCUCGUGUUCGACGAAGACGGCGUCGCGCGGCCGCUGUACGAGCUGCAGGACGAGGACGCGUUUGCGCCAGGACGGCCCGGCCGAGGAGCAGCGCGCCCGGUUCGUCGAGGACGAGGCGGCGCGGGUCAAGGACGCCGACGCCGACGACAAGGAGCGCGCGCGGCUGCUGCGGCGGGAGAAGAGGCUCAAGAGGAAGGCCAGGGAGGCCGAGGAGAGGGGCGACAUGCCGCGCGUGGGUCAGGCCAUGGCGACGGGCGGCGACCUCGAGGAAGACCCACUGGCGCUGCUGCGGUCGUUGCCGAUGAGCGGCGGACAGCCGGCCGAGGACAGCAGCGAGGCGGAGGAGGACGCGAGGCCGCGGAAGAAGGCCAAGAAGUGGUUCCAGACGGACGACGAGGCCGCGCCAGCAGACGGCAGGAAGGUGUUGGAGAUUGACCGGGAGCCCGAGACGCUGGAGGAUCUCGAGGCUCUUGCCGCGGGUCUGCUGGAGUAG